CAAAAAUUACUAAACUUUUUCCGCAGUUGAAAUUAAACUUGGUAGAAGCGUUAGAGUUAUAGACGAAUUGUUCCUUUUAAUAUACACUGGAUUUUCUAUUAGUUUAUUAUUCGUGAUACCUUUAUUACUAUACUAACGCGAAAUAUUACAAAUGUGUUCGAUUUUAUAUUCGGCUGAUACGUGCUGCGAGGUUUUCAAUCUGUGUGUGUAUUGUUUUCGAUGUGUUCGUAUGUUUUCUUUUCGUGCGAUCGAUUGAAAACUACUGUAUGAUUUUUUUUUCACGAGUGUUUCUUUUUUUUUUCUUCUUUUUUUCUAAUGACCAAGUAUUGUUUAACGGUGACUUGUUGACUUUUUAAUGUGAAGUAUUCGGUGUCUUCCAGUUUUUAAGUUCCUGUUGUUUUUAUAUCGUUGGUUUAUACUAAACGUAGAUUUAUAUACGUUCAGAUUUAAAAGAUCAUCGUUGAAAAUGCGAUAGAACUCGACGUCCCAGCUACAUACUACGAAUUUCAGUAUGGGAGCUGAUACGAACUCGUAUAGAAACCAUAAGUUCCCAUGGCAUUGAUGCGACGUCUUUUAGUUGAUGCUCAGGCGAAAAUACGUAAAAUGGUCGAAGAAAACCGUCAAAUGCCCUCACGUCUCGAGAGCGACAUGCACAACCCUCACGACGAAAUAGUAUCAUUAAGGGACGAAUUACUCGAUACAAAUAGAAGAAUGGAGCAUUUAAACAUCAAGCCGCUCAACACCGAUCCGAAGAACACAUCUUGUGGCAUGCCCUCGAUCAAUCCUGAAAACUCCAGUUCUUCUAAAAGUAGCAAAAGUUCGAAAAAUUUCGACGACGUGUCUCCUAUCGCUACGCAUAAGUUUUUAAAUACCAGCAGUCAUAGGAAAUUCAACGCUUACCUAAGGGAUAAUUCGUCGAGUAGUAGUAACAGUGGAGGCCCUUGUUUAGAAGGCAAGGACUCUAAUCUCAUCGUAGACGAUACCAAUUAUGUCAAUCGUAGAAAAUCUAAGAAAUCUAAGAGUAAACAUUCGAGAAGAAGGACUGAUAUUGACUUUCACGAGGAUACCGAACCGCCAUCGCCUACGCCGGGUCCUAGUAGUAGAAAUGAAUUUGGACUUUUAGAAAGCAAUAAUCGACUAGCCAGUGGUUUAAACGGCGAUAGUACGAGUAUGAUGCUGGAAAACGAACGUUUAAAAAACGAAGUAUACGAACUUCGUAGAUUGCUAUCGAUGCAAGAUAAUGUAAUUUCGUCCGAUACAUCUCGCGACGAUGUCAUACUACAACUACACGAAGAUCUCGAUGGUCAAGAAAGAGUCGAAGCGUUAGAAAAAGAGAUCAUACGUGCCAAAGACGUCGUCGACAGUGCUAAAGCGGAAGCCAAUCGAUUAAAAAAUGAAAAAUUCGAGCUCAUUAACGAAAUGAAGGAAUUAUACGAAGCGUUGGAUGAUAAAGAGAAACAACUUCGCGAUUUUAUUAGAAAUUACGAACACAGAAUACGAGAAAAUCACGAAAUGUUGGCUCAAGAACGAGCUGAAAGGGAACGCGAAAGGUGGAGUUUAUUACGUCAUGCUCGAGACGAAGCUGAAAGAAGUUUAGCUUUAGCCGCUCAAUUAGAUAUCAAAGAUCAGCAACUGAACGAGGUUCAUACUUUUAGAGCCAGACGUCAGUUAUCAACGGCUGGAUAUUUAUCAGAUCAAGAAAGCAUACAUUCCGUAUCACUCGGCACACGUCCGGCCAACGGUCGAGUAACUCCAAGCACCGGUAGCGGAAUGGUAACCGUAGGCGAUAGAGGUUCAUGCAGCGCUGAUUCCGGCGUCAGAGGUAGCUCUGAUAGAGAAUCAGGUGCCACCUCAGCUGGCGGUAAUUUAUCUGACUCUACUGCUGAUGGGACCCCUACAAUUACCAUAGAUAAUGUACACAAGCACCGCCAACAUCACUGCUACCCUGAUGCUGAUUCUAUUUCGCUAGUUUCUUCUACCGCAGUACCGCAUAUUUAUCAAUCGGUAGCCACUCCAAGAGACUGUAGCAGUCCAUCGCUCUCACCAAUGAAUUCACAAUCUUUCGUUAGAUCGUUGGAUAAUGCUUUAUUAUCGAAAUCCGUAGAACAAUUAAGCGGCCCUCCUCCUGACUUGGAGCCAAUAAGACGAAAUAAAAAUUUACGUUCUUUCAGCAGCCGCAGCGGUGUAGCGAGUACGUGGGGUAGCAUAUCACGAGUUUUUUCAAGAACCAGGCAUCGGAAAGCUCAUAGUCCAAGUAGCCAUGAUGGUGACUACGAAAGCUUUAGUCGCAGUUAUUCUCCUCUUACAGAAGAAGGAUACACGGAGAAAUUACGUCUAUUACGCGAAGCUGCUCAUAUACCUGUGGAGCGUUGGAGAGCUCCUACUGUCUUAGCUUGGAUCGAAGUAGCCCUCGGUAUGCCUCAAUAUGGGCCUCGAUGCGCCGAAAAUAUAAAAUCCGGCAAGGUUUUGCUCGAAUUGAACGAUGUGGAAUUGGAAAAUGGUUUAAAAAUAACGAAUCCGAUGCAUCGUAAGAAACUCCGUCUCGCUAUCGAAGAACAACGUAAUCCUACGCUCAUUAGAUAUCCUUGCAUGGCUCAGUUAGGGCAUACCUGGGUAUGCAACGAAUGGUUACCAGAUAUAGGUUUAGCUCAAUAUGCCGAAAGUUUUUCUAAAAAUAUGGUCGAUGCUAGAAUGUUGGAUCAUUUAAGUAAAAAAGAAAUGGAGAAGUAUUUAAACGUGACUAGAAAAUUCCAUCAAGUUUCCAUUUCUCACGGAGUGCAUUUACUUAGAAUGGUGAAAUAUGAUAGACAAGCUCUGGCAAUCAGACGACUGCAGUGUAAUAAUACUGAUACAGAUCCAAUAGUAUGGACAAAUGAAAGAUUCAUACAAUGGGCUAGAGAUAUCCAUUUAGAAGAAUACGCUGAUAAUCUGAAAGAUUCCGGAAUACACGGUGCUCUAAUCGUAUUGGAACCAUCGGUGAAUGGCGAUACAAUGGCUACAGCUCUCGGUAUACCACCAUCCAGACAAAUGAUCAGAAGACAUUUGGCAGCCGAACUCGAGCAAUUAAUUCUACCCGCCAGGUACGACGCGUUCUCUCAAGCCGAGCCAAUCUACGAAACACCAGUAUAUCGAAACGACAGAAAUAUUCAGCAAUAAAGGUUACCACGUGUAAAAUACGGAUUUUCAUUGAUUUAGACUGUUUCUGCUAAAAUAUGAUUUUAAUUAUUUGUAUUAUAAUUUACGAUUCCUCUCAUUUUUAUAUGUACAUAAUUAUAUGCAAUAAAAAUCUACGUUUCGAAAUCA